AGAUAUAAUUAUAAUGUCAAUGGGAUCCCUUGAAGUUUUGAAUUUUUGUAAUGAGAAAAAACAUUCCAUUCUACAGAAUCGUAUAAAUGGGCAUUGGUGUUUUAACUGCUGUCAUUUUGUUGAAACUGAUGAUAUCUUUACCAACAAAAAACAUUGUAAAUAUCUAAAUGAUAAACUUGAGCAAAUUAAAUCACCACGCUUAGAUUAUCUGGUAUGCAUUUGUUUGGAUUGUGUUUUUUAUCGCAUUCAGAAAUGUAUAAAAUGUUCUAAUGGAAAUCCACUCUGUAUGUUCUCAUUGGCAGAAUGGUUUGAUUCUAAGCCAAAAAAUAGAACUUGCAUUGAUUGCACUGCAUUGAAUGAGACCCAAGAUAUUCUUAAACAGCUUUCUAAUCUUUGUGCUAGUCAAUGUAUUCUUCAGUGCAAUGCGUGCUUCCAAUACAAAUAUGUAUUUUCAUUUUUUGCAUUUACUCAAGCUUAUGGGAACAAUGCUUGUUGUGUAAUUCGGGAUUUAGAUAUACAUCAGGAUCAAAAGCAAUACAAAUUGAUUGUUUGUUUAGAGUGCAGGUUAAAAGAAGAUGUUGAAUCUUACAGACAAAUUCUUAAAGAAAGGUAUUUUAACGCAAUUGCAAAGGAACCAGUACUGACAUCUAGUUUUAAAGUAAAUGAGGAACAAGCUGAAAAUUUUUUUGGUCGUUGUACAUAUGUUAAUGCACUUGUUGGAACUGCGAUCAAAUCAAGACCAUUUAAAGUUGAUAUUAAGAGUGUCAUUGAAAAGUUACCACCAGAUGAAAUUAAUUUAGAUGAGCUUGGUCCUGUGUCUGUUUUGUGUACAAUGAAAGAUUAUGUUUGUGAACUCCUUUGCAAAGUCCUUGAAAGUGAAAUUCUUUUGCUUCGAUCUAAAACUGAGCUUGAGCUAAAACUAAUUAAUCUUCCUGUUGAUAUUUGGGAUGAAGUUCUUCAGAAGAAGAUGCAAUUUACUACACAUAUGUUUUCUUUACAAUCAAGUGGAUUAUCAAAUUUUCAUGACCCUGAAAGUAGAUGGGCAUAUACAGCAGUGUAUACUCCUGUUCAUGCAAGCAUGAUUUACGAUAUUAUAAGUGAAGGAAGAUUUAAUUACCUUUUAAAGCUGAUACAUGAUGCUUGUCAAACAUCAGAGAUGUUUCAUGUGAGUUGUUUUGGUUGCGGACCAGGUAGUGAAAUUUUAGGAUUAAACCCAUUUCUUCCUAAUAAUGUUAAGUAUAAUUUGUUUGAUAACUGUGCACUUUGGUCACAUAAUGCUAGAGGCUUGCUCAAACUGGGUUUGGGAAUCGAUUAUGAUUUUUUUCAUUUUGAUAUUGAAAAGAAGCUCAAAAGUGAACAUGUUGAUGUAAUAAGAAAAUCCAAAAUUUUAACAUUUGUUAAGUUCAUAUCUGCAAUUCAGAACCAAUUAAAUGCAAGAAAGUCGUUUGAAGCCAUUUUUGAUGCUGCUCCUUCUGGUGCAUGUUUUCUGAUAAUUGAUAAUUCACAACCUCAAAUAAAGCAGUAUGUAGAAAGUCUCAUCUUUCCAAAUUCAAAUUUUUCGCAGAAAUUAAACUUUAAGGAAAAUGAUAAAUACCGCAUGUACACUUCUUAUGCAGAGUUUCGCUUUGAUGUCAUGGAAGUGAUGAAUGAUCAUGAAGAAAUUUGCAAAUUAUUAAGUCUUGUUAUGGAGUGGGUGGAACGUCCACCUUUGGUUGAUAUUCGUAUAUUUAUGUUUCUUGUCACAAAAAAAUAAAUAUUGUUUCUUUAAAAAUAAAAAUAAAUAUUUAAUAGAACAAAAUUUAGUAUAAAAAUCUCAUUAGCUCAGCAUAAAAUUCAGUAGGAGUAUGAGAAUAAUUUAUUAUCAAAACAGUAAAUUAUUUAUUGGCAAUAGCAAAGUAGCUGAAAUUAAAAACGAAUGAGUUGAAAUACGGGUGUCAAUCUAAAAAAAAUUGCAAAAAAUAAAAUUAGUCUGGAUAAAAGUAAGGAGGUUUAGAUUCAAUAUCGUUUUAUUGUUUUGAUUUUUGCUAUUAAUCAUUUGCUGUUUGUUUUUUAUUUUUAUUUUUUUUUUACUUUUGUUAUUUCGGCUUAUAAUUCUUAAACCAUAGGCGCAACCAGAAUUAAACUUUUAGAUUACUAGAUUAAAGUUAAAUUGAAAACUAGCAAUUGUUAUUUCAGCUUAGAAUUUUUUAACUAUAGCAACCAGAUUAACACUUUCAGAUAAAUAGAUUCAGGUAAAAUUUAAAACUGGCUUAAAUUAAACUUCGAAAUUGCCAAUUUCAAAUUGUGUAGAUGACAAAAAAAAUAACUUGAAAUAUUUGUAGCAUUUACCUCAAAUGUUUUUUGUUGUUUUACUUUGGUUGUGCGACAUUAUUAAACUUUAAA